ACACAUGACUUCCAGUCGCCGAGCGCCUCCUGGACAUCAGAGACGCGAGGAAGCAGAGGUGGAGAGAUGGUCAGAGCUGCGCUGUCGCCCCUGCUGCUGUUGCUGCUGACCUGGGCGCCCAGAAACCACGCAGCUCCCUCGCAGGACAAGAUCGCCAGCCUCCCCGGGCUGGCCAAGCAGCCGAGCUUCCGCCAGUACUCCGGCUACCUCCGCGGCUCUGGCAGCAAGCAUCUGCACUACUGGUUUGUGGAGGCCCAGAAGGACCCUGAGAACAGCCCAGUGGUGCUAUGGCUCAAUGGGGGACCGGGCUGCAGCUCCCUUGAUGGGCUGCUCACAGAACAUGGCCCCUUCCUGAUCCAGCCGGAUGGCACCACCCUGGAGUACAACCCCUAUUCUUGGAAUCUGGUUGCCAACAUGCUGUACCUGGAGUCCCCAGCUGGGGUGGGCUUCUCCUACUCAGAUGACAAGCAUUACGUGACCAACGACACCGAGGUGGCCCAGAGCAAUUACGAGGCCCUGAAGGAUUUCUUCUGCCUCUUCCCGGAGUACAAAAACAAUGAGCUUUUCCUGACGGGGGAGAGCUAUGCUGGCGUCUACAUCCCCAGCCUGGCAGUGCUGGUCAUGCAGGACCCCAGCAUGAACCUGCAGGGGCUGGCCGUGGGCAAUGGGCUCUCCUCCUAUGAGCAGAAUGACAACUCCCUGGUCUACUUUGCCUACUACCAUGGUCUCCUGGGGAACAGGCUGUGGUCAUCCCUCCAGACCCACUGCUGCUCCGAAGGCAAGUGUAACUUCUAUGACAACAAAGACCCGGAUUGCGUGGAACACCUUAAUGAAGUGUCACACAUCGUGGGGAGUUCUGGCCUCAACAUCUACAACCUCUACGCCCCCUGUGCUGGCGGGGUCCCCGGCCACAUCAGGAAGGAGAAGAACACCGUUGUGAUCCAUGACCUGGGUAACAUCUUCACUCGCCUGCCCCUCAAGCAGGCUUGGUAUCAGACCCUGCUGCGUUCUGGGGGUAAGACGCGCUUGGAUCCCCCAUGCACCAACAGCACAGCCAUGUCCACCUACCUCAACAACCUCGGCGUGCGGAAGGCCCUGCACAUCCCCGCGCAGCUGCCGGAGUGGGACGUGUGCAACUUUUUUGUGAACCUGCAGUACCGCCGCAUCUACCAAACCAUGAACACCCAGUACCUCAAGCUGCUCAGCUCCCAGAAGUACCGGAUCCUGGUGUACAAUGGCGACGUGGACAUGGCUUGCAACUUCAUGGGGGAUGAGUGGUUUGUGGACUCCUUGAACCUGAAGAUGGAGGUGCAGCGACGGCCUUGGCUGGUGAAGUUGGGGGAGAGUGGGGAGCAGAUUGCUGGCUUCGUGAAGGAGUCCACCAACAUUGCAUUCCUCACCAUCAAGGGUGCUGGACACAUGGUCCCCACCGACAAGCCCGAGGCUGCCUUUGCCAUGUUCUCCCGCUUCCUGAAGAAACAGCCGUACUGAUGACCUGGGGAACCAGCCAGCCCUCCAGCCCCUCCCCCAGGAGUGGGGGCCCUGCUGUGUGCACAUGGCCUGUGGGGGGCAGGUCCCUGCUUCCAGAUCCACUCUCCCAGGCCCCCAGCAUCCCAGAGGGCACCAGUGCCUCGCAGACAACCCAGGGGAAUUAGCACUUUAUUCCUGCGGCAGACCCUAACUAGGGCAGGGGCCCUGGUCCCCUCCCCUGCUUAAUCAAUGCCUUCCAAUGCACUGAUCCCUUUCCAAGGACCCAGCUGAGCUCGGGGGGUAGGGGUGGGGGGCGGGUAUCUGAAUAGAUCGGUAGAUGGGUCGUAAUUGAUGGAUGCACUGUGGUUAUGGAAUUAAAUUGACAAAGCUCCAAA